AUGGCGCCGCCCACAUCUUUAUCGUCGCACGAGCGGACACGAGUGGAGGAUUAUCUAAAUGAUAAAAUUCAGGUCUCUGCUGAUCUUGAGAGUUUGAGCUCGCUCCUCACAGGUCUUCGUGCGCAACAGGAGCUCCAACGAAAACAGUUGGCAGAAGCACAUACAGCACUCUCGAAUGCGACGAAGACAUCCAAUGACCAUGCCGAAGCUACAAGAAAGCGUGCCGAGGCAUUCAAAGCCGAGCAGGCGGACAUCGACCAACGGUUGAAGGCGAUCACACAGUCGGAAUCAAGCGAUGAGGCGGUGCGACGACUAGAAAACAGCAUGGAAAGACUUCAGCGACUGGAAAUCUCUAAAGGAUACGUGGAACUAUUGAAAGAGGCUGAAGAGCUCAGCAAGCAAGCUUUGAGCAGCAUCUCCUCCGACCCUCGCGCCUCUAUAUCGCCCUAUGUUCGAUUACGCAGCAUCGUGGUAUCGCUGAAAGAAGCUCAACCGGCCGCCGAAGGCGCUGCGCCCCACCUGAUCGACUAUACCGAGAAACUCGCGGCAGCAUUGAGGGAACAAUUGAAGAAGUUCUUUGGCGACCGACUGCAAAAGACGCUUACAUCUAUGAAAUGGCCGACACGAGAGCUGGAUAUCACGGAUAAACUGUUAGACCAGUGGAAGGAGGAUGUUGAGCUCCUGAAUGAGUUACAGACACCAGAACUUCCUCGCCGGGAUAUGUUAAGCAAUAAUAACAUCGAGCCCCCGGCCUUGUUCACUCUGGAGACAAUGGUCCACCCCUUGGAUCUUCGAUUCAAGUACCACUUCAGUGGCGAAAAGCCAACGAACAGGUUGGAUAAGCCGGAAUACUUCCUUUCGCAUAUUAUGGACCUCAUCAAUCAAUUUGGAGGGUUCUUCACUUCAUACUUCCAGCCAAUCCUUGACGAAAAGGCCCAGUCAGCCGAGCCUGGGUUGGAAUGGAACUACAACAAUGCUCUGCAUGCAUUCAUAAACGCCAUUCUGCCCAUGUUGCGACAAAAGAUUGAUACAUUCCUCCCUCAGGUUGCCGACUAUCCUCAGCUAUUGAGCCACUUCAUCCACGAAUUAAUGAGUUUUGAUAACGAGCUUAGAGAAACGUGGAAUUACCUGCCAGACCCCUACUCGAGUGAAAACUGGAAAGGAAUGACCUGGGAGGUUCUCUCAAAACAAGGGUGGUACGAUCGCUGGCUUCAAGUUGAAAAAGAUUUCGCUUUGGCUCGAUACAAGGACAUUAUCGACACCGCAGACAGUGGGCAAAUUGACUAUGACGGUGUCGAGGUUACAGCGACAAAACCGACCAAGGCGGCCAUUCGAGUCAACGAUCUCCUCGAAACUAUCACGGAACGCUACCAGCCCCUGCCUUCCUUUAGCCAGAAACUGAGGUUUCUCAUCGAUAUUCAAAUCACAAUAUUCGACCAGUUUCACGACCGCCUUGGUUCGGCAUUGGAAGCUUACCUCGCCAUGACAUCUACACUGGGUCGAACAGUGCAAGGUGCAGAUGGACAAGCCAGUGUAGAAGGCGUUGCAGGUUUAGAGAGACUGUGCAGAGUUUUUGGCAGUGCUGAAUAUCUGGAAAAGAAGAUGGAAGAUUGGAGCAACGAUAUAUUCUUCGUGGAACUCUGGUCAGAGCUCCAAGAACGAGUUCGACAGGGCGGUCGGAAUGUGGCGGGCUCUAUGUCCAUCGCUGAAGUUGCAUCUCGCACGUCGCCCGCCGUCAAUAAUAAUGGGACUUCUAACACUGAUGUCAGUUCCGAUGGUGCUUUGUUUGACGAAACUGCAUCGGCAUACCGCCGUCUCCGAUUACGAUCGGAGUCUAUCAUCGCAUCUACCUUGAACUCGAACAUCAACUCAGCCUUAAAACCAUACUCUCGUGUGUCUACUUGGGCAACACUCUCUGUACCCUCAGCUGGCUCAGUCUCAUCUCCUCUUUCUCUCUCAUCCGACCUGGCACAUGCGAUGCGCACAUUAUCCACCCAACUAUCCUUUAUCACAAAGGCUUUGGGUGUAGCUCCUUUGCGCAGAGUAUCCCGUCAACUUCUCAUAUCUAUCCAGACUUACAUUUGGGACCAUGUUCUAACUAGAAACACCUUCUCCGCUGCCGGCGCGACCCAGCUAGUAGGCGAUGUUGAACAGCUAUGCAGCAUGGUUGAUACGACACUCGGAGUGGCUGCCCAUGCGGGUGGUUCGCUACUUAUCAUGAACAAGCUUAAUGAAGGCCUGCGCCUUCUGAAUUUAAGCCCGACUGUGGGUGAUUCGAAUGAAUCUGAAUCUACACUAGGACUAUGGGAUGUGGAACAGAGAUUAUUCAAGGAUAACGAAAGUGCCCGCGCUGUGCUUGCCGAGCUGAGCAUUGAUACAUUGACAGCUGCGGAGGCUCGAUCUGUGCUGGAGCGCAGAGCGGAGAUUCAAGCAUAA